AUGGAGUCGUUCCGGCACAUCGGUCCCGGUCCGUACGGGGACCGCUCCACCGUCAUCUUCAAGGGUGGGCGAUUUGAGGGGCCUAAAUUGCGCGGGGAGAUUCUUCCGGGCGGAGGGGACUGGGAGAUCGUGCGGGAUCAUGGGGACCAGCAGACCGCGCACCUCGAUACGCGGUACAAUCUCCUCACGCACGACGGUGCGACCAUCUAUCUGCAGACGACGGGCACAAGGACGGGGAAGAAGGAGGUCCUGAGCAAGUUGGGGGACGAUACGUCUAUCGGGCCGGGGGAGUAUCGGAUGAGAUUGAAUAUGAAGAUGGAGACGGGGGAUGAGAGGUAUAGCUGGAUCAACCAGGGAGUGUUUAUUGCCAGCUCGGGGAGGAGUGGGGACCAGGUUAUCUACGAUGCGUACCAGGUAUUGUAG